AUGGACAGGACAAAACCCAAAAUCCCGCCUUCGUCAUAUUUAAUCUUUUGUAACUCCGAGCGGGAAAAUGUGAGGCAGCUUCUACUGGAGAAGUCUGAAAACCAGACGACGAUUAGAAUAACGGACAUUCAGAAGGAACUGAGCAGCAAAUGGAAAAACCUAUCAGAGGAGGAGAGAAAGGUGUAUGAGGAACAGGCACAACUGCUGAAGAUAAAGUAUAACCAAGAGCUCCUCGAUUGGAAAUCCGGAAACGCAGACGCAGCAGGAGACACCGGCAUAAUUAGCACGUCCAAAUUUCCUGUUGUUAAAAUUCAGAAAAUUAUGCACCUAAAUAAGAACGUUAAAAAGAUAAACAGUGAAGCCAUUAAUGUUUUCCAAAGAGCUAUGGUCAUGUUCCUAAUUGAACUGGUGAACAAAACCAUUGAAUUCAAAAAUGAGAAGAACACGUCCAAAUUUAUCACAUCCCUCGACAUAAAUUGUCUGUACCUACUGAAGGAUCAAAGCAUAAAUACAUUCUUUGUUGAGGAGGAAGAAAACGACGAAUCCUUAUUUGAUCUAUGCAAUGAAGACAAAAAGGAAUACAACUACGAUGUUGAGGAAAAGAAACUCAGCAGGAUGAAACGAAAGGGACAAGGAAACAGGGCCAAGGAAAAAACAACAGAAAAUAGAAACGUAUAUGCAGACAUAACGACGUAUUUUAAAAAGGUUUGA